CCUGCCUGGAAACGGCCGGCCCGCCCCUCCCAGAGCGGCGCUGCUAGAGCGAAGACGACGCCUGCGCAGUGAGGCUGCGGGGGCGGGCGCCGUCUUCGGAGCCGCCCACCAGGCCGUCGGCGCGAUGGCGGAGGAGGUGAAAAGUCUGAUGAAGGCCACGGUCCUGAUGCGGCAGCCCGGGCGGGUGCAGGAAAUCGUGGGCGCCCUUCGCAGGGGCGGAGGAGACCGCCUGCAGGUGAUUUCUGAUUUUGACAUGACCUUGAGCAGAUUUGCUUACAAUGGACAGCGAUGCCCCUCUUCCCACAAUAUUCUGGAUAACAGCAAAAUCAUCAGUGAGGAUUGUCGCAAAGAGCUCGCGGCGCUCUUUCACCACUAUUAUCCCAUUGAGAUCGACCCACACCGGACCAUCAAAGAGAAGUUGCCUCAUAUGGUACAGUGGUGGUCCAAAGCCCACAAUCUCCUGUGCCAGCAGAGGAUACAGAAGUCCCAGAUAGCGCAGGUGGUUGGAGAGUCCACCGCGAUGCUCAGGGAGGGAUAUAAGACGUUCUUCGACACACUCUACCAUAACAACAUUCCUCUUUUCAUCUUUUCGGCGGGCAUUGGCGAUAUCCUGGAGGAAAUUAUCCGGCAGAUGAAAGUGUUCCACCCCAACAUCCACAUUGUGUCUAACUACAUGGAUUUCAAUGAGGAUGGUGUCCUGCAAGGCUUCAAGGGCCAGCUCAUCCACACCUUCAACAAGAACAGCUCCGUGUGUGAGAACUCCGGUUACUUCCAGAAGCUUCAGGACAAAACCAACAUCCUCCUGCUUGGAGACUCCAUGGGGGACCUCACUAUGGCUGAUGGAGUCCCUGGGGUGCAGAACAUUCUCAAGAUUGGCUUCCUAAAUGACAAGGUGGAGGAGCGGCGGGAGCGGUACAUGGAUUCCUACGACAUCGUGUUGGAGAAGGACGAGACGCUGGACGUGGUCAAUGGGCUGCUGCAGCACAUCCUGCUUCAGGGGGACUGCAUGGAGAUACAGGGCUCCUGAGCACUACGGCGCAGGCCAGGCCCUGCCGGCAGUGACGAGGAGGGAUGCCUGCCCACGAAGCCUCCUCUGUGAGCAGCGGCCAAGAGCUGCUGGGCCCUCCUCACCAGACUCCUUCCUUCCCCAUGCCUUUCCUUCCUCCUGCUAGGAAGAGGCUUGAGGGAGGCCCUGCCUGUGGGUGGGCAGCAAGCGUGCUCUGUGGCCCACAGCAUGUCAGCCUUCUGCGGACCAUCUAGCCCAAGGGCUCUUUCUAAGCAAGUUCUCAGAGCUGGGAAUACAGAUGGCUCAGCGGUGAAAGGCCUGCAUAGCAUGUGGCGGGCCCUGGGUCCCUCCCCAGCACUGUAAAAAAAGGAAAAGUAAAGCUGUACAUCAGACAGA